GUUGUACAUUGUAUUUCAUCUACCGUGUAAACGAUAGGCUUGAACGAACGUGAUUUCAAUACAUUUUACUGCAGGAAACCAAUUAGAUGUAUAAAUACAGAUCUAUUUUUGUAUAUACAAAUCGCUAAAGAUGUCAAGAUUGAAAGUAUUCCCCCUCGUCAAAUACAAGGACUUUACUCUUGCUCCGUGGCCCUGUAACGAGGAAAAUCCAGAAAAACACCUACAGCUAUUGAAGGAAUUUGAUUCAAGGAAAAGCGAUAUAUUAUUGUGUACUUCGCCAAAAUCAGGCACCCAUUGGUUGCAUGAGAUUAUUUACAUGUUAUCACGACAGACAACAGAGUAUUGCCUACAGUCACUAUUCACUACACACAUGGAUAUGAUGGGCGACUUCGAUUCUCUGGAAAGUCAGUCGGAGCCCAGAAUACUUCACACACAUCUCCCAUUUAGUUAUUUGCCCAAGAAACAUGUAGAAAAUGGAAGGAAAAUAGUGUUUGUCAACCGAAAUCCAAAGGACAGACAUGUUUCUCUUUACAAUUUUUUAUUGGGAAAGAUGGGAGUUCCUGAAAACUACAGUUGGAAUGAUUACUUUGAUGAAAUGGUUUUACAUGACACCCUGUAUAAAGGAUGGUUCAACUAUACAAAGGAAUUCCUUGAAGCUGUUGAUAAAAAUCCUACAAACAUUAUUCAUCUAUUGUAUGAAGAUAUAUUGAAGAACCCAACUAAAGAAAUACAACGACUAGCUGAUUUUUUAGAAAUACCUAAUAAAGAAAAUCUAGUGACAGGGGUAGUGGACAAGUGCUCGUUUAACAACUUAAAGGAAAAUAAGGUUAUGCCAUUUAGGGUGAAGGGUAAACCGUCAUCACUAUUUAGAAAAGGAAAAAUUGGAGACUGGAAGAACUGGUUUACUGUUGAUCAAAAUGAGCAGUUUGAUGCCAUAUACAGAAGAGAAAUGAAAGACGUCAACAUAAACUUUAGCUAUGAAUGAACCAGAAAGAGCAAUGAUCGUGCAUGUAUAUUUUCGUUCCAUAUUAACCUUACUCAUUGUUUACAUGUUUUGUAUUCACAUGAUUUGCAUUUAGAUGUUUUGUAUUCAUAUGUUUUGUAUUCACAUGUUUUGUAUUCACAUAAUCACAUGUUUUGUAUUCACAUAAUCACAUGUUUUGUAUUCACAUAAUCACAUGUUUUGUAUACAGAUGUUUUGUAUUCACAUGUCUGUAUGGUCCGUGUAUAUCUGCGUCCACUCGUUUUUCGUUUUGAAACAUCAAAAACAAAACGAAAGUGUUUUCGUUUUUCGUUUUUGAUUUCUUAAAAAGCAAAAUGA